AUGCGGUACACGACCAUCACCACGGCCCGUCCGGCCACCACGCCCAACACGCUGGUCAUCACCCUGGCGCGGCCUGCGGUGAAGAACGCGUUUAACCAGGCCAUGUACGCCGACAUGACCGCCGCCCUCGACGACGCCGCACACAGCGACGAGGUCGCGGUGGUGGUCAUCACCGGCGCAGGGAGCUUCUUCUCCUCGGGCGCUGACCUCAAGGAGAUGGCGGAGAUGGCAGGCCCGCCGCUGGGAUCGGACGACAGUGACGACGACGACGGCGACGAUAACAAGCUCGCCCGCUCUGCCGCCACUCCGCGGACCCGCGGCUGGCACGCGCCUGUCGGCCGGUUCAUGUCGCGGAUCAUCACCUUUCCCAAGAUCCUCAUUGCUGCCGUCAACGGGCCGGCCGUCGGCGUCGGAGCCACCCUCCUGCUUCACUGCGAUGUGGUCGUUGCCGCCGAGUCGGCCUCGAUGUGGCUCCCGUUUGCCCGCAUCGCCGUCGUUCCCGAGUUCUGCUCCUCGCUCCUCUUGCCCAAGAUCCUCGGGCCAAGCCUCGCCGGCGAGAUGCUGUAUGCGCAGGCCAAGCUGACCGCCCCUGCCGCUGCCCGCGCGAACUGGGUCUCUACGCUUGUGCCCGAGCCGGCCGACGUCCUCCCUGCCGCCCUCGAGUGUGCGCAGCGGAUGACGGCGCCGCCGCUCGCUUCCGACUCGCUCGCCCUCUUCAAGGCCAUGGUCCGCGAUGCCGACCGUCCUACGCUGCUCGCACUGUGCGAGCGCGAGCUGGACCUCCUCGACAUGCGCAUUGACAACGGCGACGUCGCCCGCGCCGCCAUGGCCUUUAUGAUGGGCCGCGGCAGCGCCUCGGCCCUCCCGCCGCUCUCCAAGCUCUGA